CUGAUGGUCUUGCUCAGAUUGAGAGCGCCCGAGUUUCGUUUAGCGGUAGAGGUACAAACCGAAGCCAUUUUUACACCCAAAAGAAACAGAGCUCUCUUUCCUCUUUCUCUCUCUAGUCUCUACCUGCACACAUUUAAGCACAAAUACAGAGAAAGAAAGGCUGAUCUCCACCACCCAAGAAAGAGAGGGGGCCUUAAAAAUUGAAUCUUUACUCAAGCUGAACUAAUACCAAUGGGGGAGGAGGGGAAAAAGCCUGAGGAGAAGAAAAUGGAGGAGAAGAAGCCUGAGGAGGUGAAAAAGCCUGAAGAGGAAAAGAAAGCUGAGGAGAAGAAGGAAGAGAAACCAGCUGAGGAGAAAAAGGAAGAGAAGAAAGCUGGGGAGGGUAAAGAUGGCAAAGAGGCCAAAGAGGGUGAUGCUCCACCACCACCACCGCCGCCACCUCAAGAAAUUGUGCUCAGAGUCUAUAUGCAUUGUGAAGGUUGUGCUAGAAAGGUCAAGAGGUGUCUCAAAGGCUUUCAAGGGGUGGAAGAUGUGAGCACUGAUUGCAAGAGUCACAAGGUGGUUGUCAAGGGCGAGAAGGCUGAUCCAAGCAAGGUUCUCGAGAGAGUUCAGAGGAAGAGUCACAGACAAGUGGAGCUUCUCUCCCCAAUCCCAAAACCACCAGCUGAGGAGGAGAAGAAGCCUGAAGAGAAACCCAAGCCAGAGGAGAAGAAAGAAGAGCCUCCUCAGGUCAUCACUGUGGUGCUCAAGGUUCACAUGCAUUGCGAGGCUUGUGCACAAGAAAUCAAGAAACGCAUACAGAGGAUGAAAGGAGUGGAAUCAGCAGAACCAGAUCUAAAGGGCUCACAGGUGACAGUAAAGGGUGUGUUUGAUCCGGCCAAGCUAGUUGAGUACGUGAACAAAAGGACCGGCAAGCACGCAGAGAUAGUGAAGCAAGAACCGGAAAAGAAGGCUGACAAAGAAGAAGCCAAAGAGGGAAGUAAAGACGAGAAGAAAGGUGGUGAAGAAGGUGACAAGGACAAGAAGAGUGGUGGUGGAGGUGAGGCCGCACCAGCAGAAGAGAACAAAGACAAGAAAGGUGACGGCAAUGAAGGCGGUGCUGCAGCUGCUGCUACACCGGAUGGCGGGGCGGUUACAGAAGAGACCAAGGUUGUUGAGCUCAUGAAGAACGAGUACAAUCACUAUCCACAAAGACUUCCCAUGGAGUACGCCUACCCUCCACAGUUCUUCAGUGAUGAGAACCCCAAUGCAUGUUCUGUUAUGUAAAAUAACAAUGUCAAGGGUAGAGUGGGAACUGGGGGGAAACUGUUGAAUAUUUGGGUGCUGGAUUUGCUACCCUACUACCCUAUCCUAUUCUACUACAUGUCCUGUGCUGGUACUGUGUAGUUGUUUUUCUUUGUUAUGAACUAAUGCUCUGUCUACAGAGAUAAGCUGUAGAAUUUUGUGAGUC